UCAAACAAACCGGUUGUUAAACCAAAUUUAGCCAUGAAACCCCUAUUUUGGAAAAAAAUUCAAGUGGACACAGUUGGCACUUAUUGUUUGUGGGAAAUAUUGAAGGAGCCUGACGUUGAUUUUUCCGAAUUCGAAGACAUGUUCUCCAAAACCGCAACAAAGAAAAAGACAUCCUCAAUUAUUAACAAGAAGCUGAAAUCUAAAGAAAAACCAGAAGAAGCUGAGAUUGAGACGAUAAGGUCAUUUAUGCAACAACAACCUGACGCAUCUCUAGAUAGACCUGAGCAGUUCAUAUACGAGCUAUCCUCGAUUCCUUGUUUUGCUGAUCGAUGUUACUGUUUCAUAUUUCAGUCAACAUUUGUUGAAUCACUGGCUAGCAUUGAACAAAGAUUGGUCAACAUUAGAUUAGUCACGGAGUGUCUGAUGAAUAGUCAAGAGAUACAAAAAAUUAUGGCGAUGAUUCUUGCCUUUGGUAACUACAUGAACGGAGGAACCAUAAGGGGACAGGCAGAUGGAUUUGCUUUGGAUAUCUUGUCUAAGCUUAAAGAUGUCAAAAAUAAAGACAAUACAUUUAGCUUGCUGGAAUAUUUAGUGACCACAUACCUCAGAUCAAAAUUACCAUCUCUUAAAGAUCAUAACAUGCCACUUCCAGUUCCGGAACCAAGCGAUGUAAUGCAAGCAGCCAACGUCAACUUUGAUGAUUUGGAAGCUGAAUUAAAUAAGGUGUCCAACUCAUUAGAAUCAUGUAUGUCAAAGGUGGCGUGCGUUUUACGUGGUUCGUCACCUGCCACUCUAGAACCGUUUCAAAGCAAAAUGAACAAAUUCAUUAUUUACGCACGGCAAAGUUUACAAGAACAAGAAAACAACUUGAAAGAUUCAGUGAAAAAGUUCAACAACUGCGUAACAUUUUUUAUGGUCAAACCGAAACCGGCAGAAUCGAGUGUUAGUCCAAAAGAUUUUUUCAGUCUUUGGUUCAGUUUCUGUCAAGAUUUCAAAGAUAUAUGGAAAAAGGAAAUACAAAAAAUAUUGAAGGAGAGGUAUACAAAAUUUCACAACUUAAAUUUUAUUUGUUUUUCUUUUAUGAAUGUCCCCAGUUUUUUAAUUCAUAAAAAGUAG